GUUGCAAGUAAAAUAAUCAUCAAAGCGAUUUCCACAGGUCUAAAGUAUUGUUUUUACCAAGUGUCCUCAAGAAGAAGCAGCGGCUUUUAGAAAAUAGAUGGCCAAGGGACUGAACAGUGUUGGUCCGCCUAUCAAAGGUAUGGCUAGAUUGGAAGACCAUCUGUGACCUGCAGUCCAGCACUGCCAAUAUUGGAAAUUUUUGUAACAUACAUAUACAUAUGUAUGCAUGUACAGCUGAUUUCGAAAUGUCAAAGUUCAAAACCAAGUCUAGUAACAAACGUUUAGAAAUCAUAUGAAUUAGGUGAUAGCAAAUUAUUCGUGUUCUUGGCAGACCUUCGUAUUCGAUUGGUUACUUGAUAGGACUGCUUAUCUAUGCUGCGGCGCAUCACUGAAUGGCACCCCUUAGCACCAAGGCCCAUAUUUAUAUUUGAACAAUAAUAGUUUUAGUGUUUAGUGAAUUCUAGUUUGACGGCAAAACUAUGCCAAAUAAGUUGUCUGAACUCUAAAUUUUGUUAGAAUAAAAUUGAGGAAAGAAAUUUUAAAAAGUGUUGUGAUAGUGAAAUAAAAAAAUAUAUAAUUUUUUUUAAUAAUAUUUUGGUCAUAAUACAUCGACAGCCAUGUUUAAGAACCCCGAGAAGAUAUUGGCUUUUACAAUAGUUCUGGCCAUUUUACUCAAUCCAAUAUUAGUUACUGAGGGCAGUCACAUACUUGGUAUAUUUAACUAUUAUGCCUACAGUCACUUUAAAGUUUUCUAUCCACUUUUGCGCAGACUGGCUGAAGAAGGCCAUCAGGUCACCGUGGUGACUCAUAUAAAAGCGCUGGAUAAGAUAAAGCCACAUAACUAUACCGAGCUGCUUUUGACUGGUGGUUUGACAACUAAUGUGGUUACAUUUAAAGAUAUAUUUCCACGACGAAGCUUGUUUAAUAUAUUCAAAGAUGCCGACUAUAUGCAUCAUGAGGGACUUUCACACUGCGAACUCUUGUAUAAAAGUGGACAUGUUGAUACAAUUUUAAAAAGCCACGAACAGCAACCGUUCGAUUUAGUCAUCACUGAAUAUAUGAAUUCUGAUUGUCAAUUGGGUAUACCAUACUUGUUGCAAGUACCUGUGGUGGGUUUGAGUAGUUGUGUGUUAAUGCCCUAUCACUUUGAUCGUAUUGCAUUGCCGGAUUUUCCGUCGUAUGUGCAGUCGAAAUUAGUCGGCUUUCCGGAAGAACUGAAUUGUUAUGAACGACUGUUGAAUUUUCUACAAACGAAGCUGGUGAACUAUAUAUAUCGUUAUCGCACACAUUCUGAUGAUCGCAAAGUGAUUAACAAAUAUCUAAAUGUGGAUUUCGAUAUUGAGGAUUAUGCCAAGCGUAGCACUAGCUUAAUUUUGGUCAAUCAACAUUACACCCUUCACGGUAAUAAACCACUAACUUCGCAAUUAAUCGAAAUUGGUGGCAUACAUAUUGAUGAGAGAGCAUUGAAUGCGAAAUUACCAGACGAAAUUGAGAAAUUCUUAGAAAAUGUACCAGCCGAAGGUGUGCUCUUCUUUAGCUGGGGUUCUAUGGUACGUUCGUCUAGCAUGCCCAGUGAGAAAGUGCAAACAAUAGUCAAAGUGCUAGAGCGACAGCCUUUUAAUAUAAUUUGGAAGUGGGAGACGGACGAAGUGCCAACGAAAAGUAAGAAGUUUCUCUUCGUCAAAUGGGCGCCACAAUUAAGUCUGAUCUGCCAUCCCAAGGUAAAACUAUUUUGGGGACAUGGCGGUCUACUCGGCACCACUGAGAAUAUAUACUGUGGCAAACCGUUAAUUAUCACACCGCUCUACGGCGAUCAAAGCGUUAACGCGUAUGCGGUCCAAAAUCGUGGCGUGGGCUCCAUACUAUUCUUUGACGACAUUAAUGAAAAGAGUUUAGAAACAACGCUCAAAGAGGUGCGCCGCGAAAGUUAUGCUGAGAACGCUGCCGUGCUGUCGCACUUAUUCCGCAAUCGAGACAUGAAACCGCUGGACAGAGCCGUGUGGUGGGUGGAACAUUUGUUGCAGGAGAACGGCAAAAUAGCGCACAAAUUGCUGCAGACAAAGGCGGUGAAGCUGAAUUGGUUCGUUUAUUACUCACUGGACAGUGUGUCGAUUAUUUUGAUCGGCUUGGCGUUGUUCAUCUUUAUUGUACGCGCGAUUUUGCGACGCUUGUGCGGCCUUUUCAAAGGCGGCAAACAAAGUGGCAAAGUGAAAACGAAAUGAUU